AUGGAAGGCUUCUCCGAAAUUGCUUCAGAAGUUGCUUCUGCAGAUGAUCUUUUGGAUGUACCAUUUCUACCAGAGGAGGUCAGAGCAACAUCCAUAUCAAUUAGACUUAGAUCUCUCAAUGUUUUGCAAAAACGUUGGGAUGAAAUUUUUGGCCCUUCCGAACCAUUUGAUCUUCAUUGGGGCAUAGAUAACUAUAGAACUACUAACCCGAAUAUUCCAGAAAUUAUUAGAGAGUUGAGAAAGGGAAUUUUAUAA